AUGUACGGACGAAAAACACCUUCUACUUAUCGAUCAACGCCGUCAGUGUAUUCACAUUACACCGCAAAAUCAUCAACAAACCUCAGAUCUUCUAAAUCAUUAAAGUCACUCCGGUUGCCGUGGUAUCAGAAACCGAUACUCCAUGAUGCCUUCUUCUUGGAUCUGCAGAGAGGAUCCCUCCUUACUGGGUUCUUUACUUUGUUCAUGGCACUGUUCACAUUUGGGGAGAGUAUCUUCGAGGUGUACUGCCUGUACAUGGCGACUCCAGGCUUCACCCACACUGGAUACUACGUCAUAAGCUACCAGUUCGUAUACGUUGGCAGUCCACCAGUUCGCAAUGUACUGAUAAUAUUUGCGCUGUUCUCCUGGCUCGGAUCUGCUGCAGUACUGGUGACCAGCAUUAUACUUAUCAACGCUUUGAGAAAGGAAUAUGAGAAGCGUAUAGUACCCUGGCUGUUCACAUUUGGAGUGUUCAUAGUGUUUCGUCUGAUCGCGUUUAUAUUUGCGUCCAUAGUGAACGACAUGAUAUUCGCCUACAAUGUGAUCAUGUGUCUAUGCUGGAUCGUAUUCUGUGUGGUCGGCAUGUAUGGAUGGGUAUUAGUUUACAGUCUGUACUUGGAGCUCGCUGAUCUGACUAAACUGGAAGAUUUGGCACAUUUAAGGAUGGGUACAAUGGCUUCCCUCAACGCGUCUCUAGCUGGCUCUCGCCCCACGACUCCACACAGCACUGUGUCAACAAUGCCAGCCUCACAAAUAUGA